UUUUGAUUUUCUGGUUCAAUUUGACAAUUUUAAUCUUUAUUGUUUAUCAGUUUAUUUUGAUUCGAUUUCUCUUUUUGAUUAAUUAUCUUGGAUUGUUAAUGAUGAUUAAAGAACAAGGAGAAGAUAAUGUUAAGGUUGCUAUUCGAUGUCGACCUCUUUUAACAGAGUCCAAUGAGAAAUCAAUGAUAAUCCAGUUUGAUGAAAAUGGACAGACAAUAAUUGUUGGUACUCGAGAGUUUACCUUUGAUACACUUUUCCGCCCAGAAGCGACUCAAAUACAAGUCUUUACACAAUCAGCUAAAUUGAUUGUUGAUUCUGUCCUUCAGGGUUACAAUGGUACUGUUUUCGCUUAUGGUCAAACGGGAACCGGUAAAACCUACACUUCAUCCGGAAUAUUAUCUCAUAGUUUUGCUCAUAUUUUUAAUUUUAUCGCUUCAAGUGGUCGAGAUACUCAAUUCUUGGUUCGAGCUUCAUAUUAUGAGAUUUACAAUGAGGAAAUUAGAGAUCUAUUGAAUAAGAAUAACAAAACCUUAGAACUCAAGGAAUCAGCUCAGAGUGGUGUCUAUGUUAAAGAUUUAUCCUGUUUCGUGGUGAACAAUGUCAAUGAGCUUGAAAAAUUACUCGAAAAAGGUAACAAACAAAGAGCCAUCGCUUCAACAAACGUCAACAAGGAUUCGAGUCGUUCCCAUACUGUUUUUACAAUCGCAAUUGAGAUGAUCAAAACUGCUCCAUCGGAAGGUCGAGGUCCUGGUAAUCUACGCGUGGGUAAAUUAAAUCUAGUUGAUUUAGCUGGAUCAGAGCGGCAAAGUAAAACUGGAACUCAAGGUGAUCGCCUGAAAGAAGCUGCCAAAAUUAAUUUAUCGUUAACUUCAUUAUCGUUGGUAAUUGCUGCUCUAACAGAUCCGAAAGCAACUCACAUUCCUUACAGAAACUCCAAACUAACUCGACUUUUAUCUGAUUCUUUGGGUGGCAACUCGAAGACACUUUUAAUCGCUUGUAUUGGUCCUGAUAAAUCAAACAUCGAGGAAACAAUUAGUACCCUUAGAUUUGCAUCCACAGCGAAACAUAUUAAAAACAAAGCUCGAAUCAAUGAAGAUGCCAAAGAUACUUUACUUAGACGAUUCCAGGAACAAAUCAUUGAACUUAGGAAACAAUUAGAAGCCGCAGAAGCUGAAAACUCUGAGAAUACUAAUCAAAUUGAACACGAAAAUGUUAAUCCAGUGAUCGAUAAAAAAUCCUCUGGUAAUCCGGAAUUAUUAGAGAAAUUAAAAUGCCUCGAAGAGAAAGUUAUGGUUGGAGGUGAAAAUUUACUCGAAAAAGCUGAACUUCAGGAGAAAUUGCUGAUUGAAAGUGAAGCUGAAUUAGAAGCUAGAAAGAAAAAAGAAGACGAACUCAAAUUAGCUUUGGAAGCUAAACAAGCCGAGAUGAUACAAAUCGAGGAGUUUUAUGGAACCUUACAAGAAGAAGUUGUUGGAAUUAACAAGAAAUUAAAAAAGGUAUUUAAUUACUUAUGUUCGGCCAAAAGUGAACUAUCUGAUAUUCAAAGUGAAUACAGUAAAUUACGUGAAGAUUUGCUGGACACAAUCAGGGCAACUCACAAAGAGAUUAAAUUAGCUAAUUUAAUCAUGAAUCAAUUCAUUCCAGAAUCAUGUUUCGAAAUGAUUCAAGAAUCAGCUAAAUACAAUGAACUUGUUGGCGAGUGGCAAUUAAAGUGUAUUGCUUACACUGGAAACAAUAUGCAUGAUAAACCAUUUCAUCACGAGAAAAAGGAUAAUCAAUUGGAAGAUGAUUUUCUAUGUAAAGUUUAUCUCUCUUAUCGUAAAUAAAUCAACCUGAUUAACGGUGGAAAAAUAA